GAAAUGAUUAAGUUGAAUGAAACCACAGAGAGAGAGGUGACUGAAUUCAUUCUCAUGGGCCUUACAAACCAUCCUGAGCUACAGGCCCCCCUCUUUGUGUUGUUUUUCAUCAACAUAUAUAUGGCCAUAGCUCUUGGAAACCUGGGCCUGAUCAUGCUAACCACUGUGGAUUCCCACCUGCAAACCCCCAUGUACUUUUUUCUCAGGCACCUGGCAUUUGUUGAUCUUGGUUAUUCUACUACUAUUGGGCCAAAAAUGCUGGUUAGUUUCAUAGAGGAGAAAAACAUCAUUUCUUAUAAUGGAUGUGCAAUACAGCUAGUUUUCUAUGUUCUAUUUAUCACCAAUGAACUUAUUAUUCUGUCAGCUAUGGCCUAUGACCGCUAUGUGACUAUUUGUAAUCCCCUCCACUAUAUGUUCAUUAUGUCAGAUAGAGUAUGUUGGAUAUUUGUGAGUAUCUCAUACCUUUAUAGCAUUAUGGUGUCACUAUUACUCACGAUAAAGAUUUUUAAAUCAUCUUUCUGUAACUCUAAUAUAAUAAAACAUUUCUACUGUGAUGGUCUCCCCCUAUUGUCCAUUGCAUGUUCAGACACAAGUGAGAUUGAACUAAUCAUUGUGGUCUUUGCUCUAUUGAAUUUUCUUUCUUCCCUCUUGAUUAUUCUUGUCUCCUACAUACUAAUUCUUGCAGCCUUCCUGAGGAUGAACUCUUCUGAGGGCAGGCAAAAAGCUUUCUCCACCUGUGGCUCUCAUCUCACCAUGGUGGUUGUGUUCUAUGGGACACUUCUCUUCAUGUACCUGCAGCCCCAAUCUGGCCAUUCCUUUGACACAGACAAGAUAGCCUCUGUGCUUCACACCCUGAUCAUCCCCAUGCUGAACCCUUUGAUCUACAGCUUGAGGAACAAAGAGGUGAAAGGUGCCUUGAAAAGUCUCUUUAAAAAUGGAUGUAAGCAUUCUCUUUAA